CUCUCUCCCCCCCACCCCCUCCCCUUCUCCCCCGUCAAAAUGGCCUCUCGUCUCGCCCUCCGCAACCUCCGGAGCGCCGCCCGCCCGGCCUUCGUCGCCCCCCGCGCCAUUGCCUCGCAGGUCCGCUUCGCGUCGAACCAGCCUACUCCUGACGAGAAGGCCGCCGAGAUCAUCAACGCCGUCCCCUCGACCUCGCUCUUCACCAAGACCGGCGGUAUCAUCCUCGGUGUCGGUGUCACCGCUGCCGCCAUCUCGACUGAGGUCUACGUCGCCAACGAGGAGACUGUCCUCGCCGCCGCCUUCCUCAUCAUCCUCACGGCCAUUGCCAAGAACAUUGGCGCCCCCUACACGUCGUGGGCCAACGCUCACAUUGAGAAGAUCAAGUCGGUCCUCAACGGUGCCCGCUCAGAGCACACCCAGGCCGUGACCCAGCGCAUCGACGCCGUCAACCAGCUCAAGGACGUUGUCCCCCUCACCCAGCAGCUCUACAAGGUCGCCAAGGAGACCAACGAGCUCGAGCACUCCAACUUCCUCCUCGCCCAGGAGGCCGCCGUCAAGAACGAGCUCAAGGCCGUCCUUGACUCGUGGGUCCGCUACGAGCAGCAGCAGCGCGAGGCCGAGCAGACCGCCCUCGUCAAGUCGGUCACCGCCAGCAUUGCCGCCGAGCUCGAGAAGCCCGCUUUCAAGAAGCAGCUCCUCGAGGAGGCCCUCGCCCAGGUCGAGCAGAUCGCCAAGUCCAAGGAGCUCUAAGCGACACACCGAGGCGUCGAGUGGUGCGAGGGGUAAGUCAUCUCACCCAGAGGUGACCCUCCUUGCAUCAAGAUAGAACGGCAGUGUAGGUUGAUCUCUGGUUCGUCACCGCGGAUUGGGAACAACAGUAGAAGCGGCUGGGAUGGCGCCGCAGAAUGCAAAAACGCAAUAGCUAAACGGGGUGGUUGGGGUCGUGGGGUGUGUUAGUCAAGCCAGUGGUCACUUGCUUCCUACGCAUACAUGUCGGGGUUUGUACAUAUGGCUUCAAACAGCACUUCUACGCCACCAGCAUCACUCUCUAAAGCGUCUCGAGGAAACUCGCGUCGCCGCUCAUAUCAACCGUCUCGGACGCGUCAAUGUCCCCUUCCCUCCUCCUCUUACGCGGCACUGGCGUAGCAGCUCCGCCCGGCACUUCGCUCAUCAUGCGCUUCGCCUGCUUGCGUGCACGGACACUGGAGCCGGGACUUGGGCCGUGAACAACAGACGCGCCAGUCACGUCGCCGAGCCCGCUGAGCGCGGCCAGAGGGUUGGCAGCGUGUGCGUGUGCCAGCGUCGCGGCUGCCGAUGUGGACGCGUGGGCUGCCGUCGGUGUCACAAAGGGAUUGAGCAGCUGCCCACUUGCGAGGGCCACAAUCGACUCGAGACCUCUUGCAGACAUAAAGUCGGUGGUGAGGUCAAACGACGUGUCCUCGGCGUUGGCCGCCGCCGUGGCCGCCGCAACUGCAGCUCCAGUCUCGUCGAGUAAAGGCGGCUGGUGGUCCGUCUCUGGACGAGAGAGAAUGGCCUGCACGUCUUCUGGAGACAGUCUAGCAACCUUGGCCGCAUCGGUCAUCUGCUUCACCUUUGGCUUGAGGUGGUAGAACGCGUUCGCGCUCAUGACGUCGGGGAGGUUGGAGAGCAGGUUGUCCUCCUCUGCCACGGGCGGGUUGUCGUACAGGCCCUGAGACCAGUCUGGGAAGUCCUGCUGCACCUUCUCGUCCACAUGGAACUUGAACAGGAUGAUGCCUCCGACGCCGGCCACGGGUAAUCCCUGCGCAUCCUUGGGUCGGAGGAGCGGAAGGUUGGUUCUGUCCCACAGCUCGGGGGGCAGGUGGAAGGUCGGCGCGGGCUGCUUGGGGCGACCCUUGCGACGCAACCUCGCCGAUUGGUCAGAGGCGUAGACGUCCAAGAUGGACAGCAACGACCUGGCGGUGCUAGACAACCAGAACUGAUCCACAACCUCGUGUGCUUCGGACGCGCGGGUCCCACACUGUUGCUUGCGGUAGGCGUUCCACUCGUCCUCGGUGUAUGUGCGUUUGGGAUCGGCACGCUCGUUGGUCAUGGCGGCAAAGUCGAUGGUGAGGAGUGUACGGUAGAGCGCGCGCAGCCUGCAGAGGUUGAGCGGCGACGAGUCAAACGCGGCCGCACGGCGAGCAACCAGCGACUGCUGUCUGCGGUAC